CCUCGCUCUGUGCAAAGCACGUCACGGGGAUACAGGCACCGCCGGGCACCGCGCGCUCCCUCUCCCCGGGCUGGUGGGCUGCAGCCCCGCACUGCGAGCGGCCGGGGGGAGCCAUGCAACGCGCCGGGAUGGCGGGGCGCGGCGCCCUGCCCCUGCCCCUGCUCUGCCUGGCGCUGGCCUCCGCCGCGGGCUCCGCGGCUCCCUUCUCCCCGCCGCUGGGGGACAUCGGCGCCUGCCAGGAGCGCUGCGGCCACCCCCCAGGCGCAGCCCGGGAUGCCGUGCUCAACGCCUGUUACCGAGGAUGCCGGCUGUUCUCCAUCUGUCACUUUGUGGAUGCGAGCGCCGAGCUGAACACAACCAGAGCCGAAUGUGAAUCAGCUUGUAUCGAAGCCUAUGGCAGCGCCGAGGAGCAGUUCGGCUGCACGACUGGAUGCAGGAAGCAGUUGCCCGAGACGCAGAGCCGGAAAGACAAGAGUCUGGAGCUGCAGCCCGUGUCCUUCUCCAUGUUUGACUUGGUCUCCAGCUUUUGCAACGACAUCGUCAGCUCUGCCCAGAGCUUCAUCUCCUCCACCUGGACCUUCUACCUGCAGGCAGACGAUGGCAAAGUGGUGGUGUUCCAGUCCCAGCCGGAGAUCGAGUACCCGGUGCCCGAGGUGCCAGCGCCCAAGUCGGAGCUGAUGGAGAAGUCCUGGCCUGUCUCCAGUCCUAACACCCUGAAGCCCCACACAGGCCCCCAGGAAAAGCUGGAGAAACCCCCCAUGAAAGAGCCAAAGAGCAAAGCCAAGCUCCAGCACCUGGAGACCCAACAACCAGAGCACGACUUCCUGGGCUGCAUGUCCAAGCGGGGGGUGGUGGGGUGCUACAGGCGCUCAGGCCUUCCUCGCUGGAUCCUGGCUGCCUGCCUCUUCCUCUCCAUCAUGGUGAUGUUGUGGCUGAGCUGUGCCAGCCUAGUGACCGCCCCGGACCAGCACGUCAAGACCCAGCCGCUGAGCAUUAACGGCGAUAAGGAGUACCUGGAGGACCUGGAUGGCUCGGCUCCCUUUUCUCUGCACCCUGUGAUCGCUGUCACCAUCUGCCCAGCGGACGACAACGAGGAGGCGGGGCCGCUGCCGGUCAAGGUGGAUCUGGACAAAACCGUGAUCUAGAGCCCCUCCUCCACCCCCCCCAGCCUGUCAUCUCCAUGCCUUAUUUCCUGUGAACAUUUUAAUGCAAACCCCCCCCUUUGUUUUGAUCUGCCUUCCCGCUUUCUGCUGUUUUAAACCCCCGCACCGCACUGUGUCUGAAGAUAACCAUCCUGGACCAUGAGGGAGCCAUCAGCUUCCGGCCCCACCUCCAUCUAUUGUCCUUGUGCUUGGGAGGGGGAAUUGUUUUCCUCCCCCUGUUCACAAUCUCAGCCCCAGCCGGGAGCGGUACUGAGGGGGUUUCUUGCCUUGUGUCGCCGGUGCUCCAGGUGGGAGCUUUAGUGAGAACAACAUGGUCUGUGACCUUGGUUGGCUGGAGUCAGAUGACUGGUGGGAGCACAGGGGGGCAGGGAGAGAGUGCGCCCUGCCGUGGGGGCGGGGAGGGAGCGUGGGAGUUGGCGUGGCAGCGCCUGUCUGGAACAGGAGCUGCGUGUGGUGGGGGACCCCUUGGGGUUCACGGCAGAGCCCUCACCUGGCAAGCCUCAGGGCUGCUGGUUUUGCAAGAAGCGGAUGGGGCUCCAUGGGGAGAGGAUGUGUCAGUGGGGCGGCUCCAGCUCUCGGUUCACUUUCCCUGGAUGCCGCGCGUAGGAUGCGCCGGGCGGGGGGGCCUGAGAGGAGAUUCUGGCCCCGGGCAGGCAGUGAAUAGAUUCAGUCUCAGUAAGUGCAGCGAGGCGCUUACGCUCGGGCAGACCCUGGAUGUGAUGCGUGUUGGGCAGACAACACUACAGAGGAUCGUUUCAGGGGGCAAGGCAAAGAUGCCACAUUUAUUAUGAUAACAAUUUGAUCUACAACCACUAGCUAAUACCUUUAUAUAUAUAUAUGUGUGUGUGUGUGUAUAUAUACACACACACACACACACACACACACAUUACCAGUCCUGAACAUAGCGUGAGUCCGUGGCUUGAUUUCGCAGCUUGGGUUCGUAGCUGGUGGCGGUAACUGGCCAGGAAAGCCAGGCACAAGAAAGGGCUGGGUCUGCCCUCCCAUGUUAGCAGCAGAAUGUUACCCUCCAAAAUUUUCCAUCUCACCCAGCCUUUUUGUAGGCUUUAGUUUGAAUCCAGAGUCUACAGGUCUUGCUGUGUCACACUGCCUUUGGGUUCGGUGUGAUUGAUCACCCGUCAAUUGCAGACGUGACUUUCAGCCUCGGACCUGGCUUUGAUGUUUCUUCUGUUGUACCUUUGUUCUUUUCUUUUUAGGGUGGACUCUGCUUACUUUGUUAGGGCUGUUGUCUGCAUCUUCAGCCGUUGGUGUUUGAACUCUAUUUAAUCAGGACAGGCUGGGGCUGGAGGUUGAUUCCACCAUCCAUACAUCCCUCAUUCACACAUCUAAACUAAACUAAUAAGAUUACAGCAGGGUUUGCAAAAAUGAAGGUUGCAGCAACCCUUACAAAAUGGAGUCAGCGUUGUAAAAUGGGGUUUGAAUUACAAUAUGGCAAACAGCGAACAGAAGUAGACAAGUGUAGUGAAUGGCAAACAGUGAACAGAAGUUCCAAUACUAAAACAGUGCAAGUCUCAGUGAUUUAAGCAGGAAUUGGAUUGACAGUGAAAUUUACAAGGGCAACUGGCUGAACAGUUAUGGCUCUUAACAAGCAUCUUAAUUGUCAAUUAGCCAGUUAUUGGGGUAACCGGUUUUAUGAAUGAAUGUUGUUUCAUUCAUAAAACUUUAUGUAUGAAGUGACAUUAAUAAAGUGAACAAUGAAAAACAAUGUCAUUCAUCAGUUCUACACGCGCUGCCCCCUCGUGAAGGGUUUGCGCUGCGGCAGCUCUGCUCGGUCAAUUCGGGUAAAUCCGGCAGGUAGCCAAGGCCCCAGGCUGACACCUAAGAGGCAGGGAGUGUCAGUGUUUCCCUGUCCCCGAGCCCAGGCACUCUGUAGGGCCCAGGGCAGGUGUCAGGGAGCUACCAGGACUCUUCUCCUACCACGGACAGGGUUUCUGUCUGGUCCUUGCCAGACCAUGCUCGGUGCAAGGAGAACUGCUGGCUGCAGCAACCGCGACCCGGCCAGGAGCCUUGCUCUGAGCCAGAUGCCGAGGAAGUUCCCUCUGGGGCUGCUCUACUAACGGUGGAGAGGGAGGGACCCCGUGGGGAGCUGUUUGGAACCCCCUGCAGCCUGUUCCCAGUGGGGAUGCCGCUGCUGUGGAAGGGCCGGGUGGCAGGCCCUUAUGCCACGGCAUUGGAGCCAACUCAAGCCAUUUCCCAGCUUGGCACCUUGCCCCACCCUCGGCCCCCGAGCACCAGCUCCCGUAGAGCGUCAGGGCAAUUCCUGAGGCACACCCCAGGGUGCCUGGACAAGGCCUCCCAAUUCAUCCCUUUUGCUGUAACUGCUCUAGAUGGUGAUUGUGCUCCUGUGGCCAGGCGUGGGGCGGGGAGCCUGUCUCACGGACGUUCCCUAUCCCUUGACUUCACGUCUCAUUUCCUUACGGUUGUGUUGUGCUGGCAUAGGCCGCUGUCCCCGGGCACUCUGCAUGGGCACUCGCGCUGAGAACACCCUUCUGCAGCAGAGGGAAAUCCGCUCAUCUGUCCAUUCGCCUGACGCUGUCUGUGUAGAUUAACUUAUUACCUUGGACUCCCUGCCCUCGGGUUUGAAAGCUGUAUCGCUAUUGACCCUUUACUUUGACGCUGCCUCGGUUUCACUGGAUCCUGUAGGUUGUUAUUGCAAAGAGACUCUUUCAUCCUCCCCCCCUUCUGAGUUCUGUAUCGUUCGGUAUCACUUUAAUGUGUGCAACAUAUCUGUUUUUUGGAGAGGGGGGAGGGCAGUUUGGGGAGGGGGGCGGGGAUAUUUUGUGUACGUGCUGGGAUCCAUCCCACUCUUUUUCAUGAUAGCUUUUCGGCAGAUCAGCUCAGUGAGGUGAUGUUUGUGGUGUUGUCCUGGCAGGUGCGUUCGAGCCAGCUGGGCCUCUCUGCCUUUCGAGUCAGCCAGUAACGAUCCGGGAGCGGAAAGCCCCUCGCAGCUGCCGCUCCGAGGGAAGCUGGGUUGAAAUGGGGCGGGGGGACUGGAGAGUUGUCCGGGGAUCCAUGUGUGUCCGGAAUUGUUGGAGAGAGCUGGUUUGUUGUUUUUAUCUAAAAAAAGCUGUGACAGGAGCGCGGAGCGGGCUGGGGUGAGGGGGGAGAAAUGGAAAUAAAGGUUUGUAAAAGAA